GGCAGCAGCGGUGGUGAAGCGGGGUCCCCAGGCAGUAAUCCAACUAACACAACAGGGGACUCUUCGACAGGAGAUCAGACGUCUGCUGCAGCAGCGGCUAACAACUCCUCGCCAGCCGAAGGAUCGGCAGGAACGACAUCCGGCACUGGACACACACGACAAGAAAAAGAAGAAGAAGAGGAAGAGGAAGAAGAAGAUAAUGAAAAGCAGCAGCAAAGUGAUGAAGCACAAGUCCAACAACAUCAACAGCACGAACACCCCGCGGAAAAUGGCGAAGAAUCCGCGAAGGAUACAAACGCCCUUCGUACAAAUGCCACCGCAAAUACAGGCGACAGUGACAGCAGCACCGCGGUCUCCCACGCCACCUCCCCUCUUUUGCCUCUUCUUCUUGUUGUUGCGUGUGCGGCUGCUGCUGCGGUGGUGGCCGCGUGA